AUGAACUGCAAUGCAUGCUCCACCGAAGAUGUGCUGCCCAACGCCGACAAGCUCAGAGGACGUGAAAACUGGGACGAAUGGGCCGUCCGUGUCGGGCGCAUCCUCAAACGUCACAGCCUGUUCUUCGUCACCAGGAUACGGGAACCGCAUGUCAACUCCAUGAAGGGCAGAAGCGACAGAGCGAUGGCCAUCAUUUGCCAAAACUGCGGCCCGGGCGUGCUGGCGGCCCAAGAAGGGCAGUGCUCGAAUGCCUGGGUCAUGUGGAGGAGGCUCGACUUUCUCUACAGCCCUAAUCACCAAGGCACCACUCUCAAUCCUAGAGACUUCCAGGCGCGGCUUCUGCACGAUGUUCAUGUAUUCAACGCCAUGUUCAACAGGCGAUUCUGCCAGAUCUAUGGAAGCUCCUGCUUGGACGGCCGAGGUUCCACAUCCAUCCCCUCGGCGCACCUUGCCUACUACGAUCUUGUUUUUUACGUCUAUGACGGCUGGGUCUGCAGGCGGAAGGAGAGAGAGAAAGAGGAGCCCAGGGUUUCUCUGUUUGCCAUACAGGAUGAGCUGGCCGAUUAUGUGUCCCUUAUGGACUUUUCCAUGGAGAGAUGGUAUGGCAUCAUGCCCCCGGUCGACAUGAUGUCUGGCUUGGAGCCGAACACUAGAGGAAAGAAUUCGGAUUUCUCCCCUUCCGAGAGUGAGUCCGACACAGGUACAUCGACCCAGCAACGCACAGGUGGGAAGCAGUCUCCCAGGACAGGCGGCGCACGACCUAGGCCAAGGCCUCAACGGACUCGCCCUGACGAAAAGAUGUUCAAUCCCGUGUACCUCUACAUCAAGACAGUGUUUGUGAUUUUGGCCUUCAGGAUGUGCCACUUGCCUGCUUCCUGGCAUCUGCCAUGGAUGCACGCCGACGUGCGUCCUGAGGAACAAGUUGGCUGCGCUGGAGCAGACUGUCCUCUACCUACCCUUGCUGUGGCAGACAUGGCGACGACUGUUGUUUCUUUCCGUGGCGCCUGA